GGUAAUGCUAAGUAGACUGUGGGGAAUUGUGAUAAUAUGAGGCCCAGUAUGGGUGAAUAUAAGUGGCUGAAAGGCAGUGUAAGUGAAUGGAGGAACAAAAGGCAGAAUGAGAAUGAAGUUGAAAAAGCAGGCAUAAGAAUGUAUAUGUAAUAUGCCAUUUGUAAUAUGAAACGUGGGGCACAUUCCAGUAAAUUAGGAUGGAACAGCACUUUAAGUGCAGAGAGGUGAACCAAGGAUGAGUGCUAUGGUUUGAAUAUGUCCCUUCCAAAAUUCAGAUGUCAGAAACUUAAUUCCCAAUGCAACAGUGUUGGGAGGUGGGGCCUUUAAUCCCCAAUGCAACAGUGUUGGGAGGUGUUCAGGUUUCUGUGCUCCGUGUUCCAGAAUCUACCACUUAGACCUUUGCUCAUAGAGCCCAGAGUUCCAGAAUGCCCCUAAUUCCGAACACCACAGGGUUAGUCUGGAGCAAGUCACCUGGGAGGGCUUACAGGUGCCAUAAUGCAGGCCUGGGGCACUGUGGUAGUGACCUUGGCCACGCUGAUGGUUGUCACUGUGGAUUCCAAGAUCUAUGAACGCUGCGAGCUGGCGACAAGACUGGAGAGGGCAGGGCUGAACGGCUACAAGGGCUACGGCAUUGGAGACUGGCUGUGCAUGGCUCAUUAUGAGAGUGGCUUUGACACCGCCUUUGUGGACCACAAUCCUGAUGGCAGCAGUGAAUAUGGCAUUUUCCAACUGAAUUCUGCCUGGUGGUGUGACAAUGGCAUUACACCCACCAAGAACCUCUGCCACAUGGAUUGUCAUGACCUGCUCAAUCGCCAUAUUCUGGAUGACAUCACAUGUGCCAAGCAGAUUGUGUCCUCACAGAAUGGACUGGCUGCCUGGACUUCUUGGAGGCGGCACUGUUCUGGCCAUGAUUUAUCUGAAUGGCUCAAGGGGUGUGAUAUGAACGUGAAAAUUGAUCCGAAAAUUCAUCCAUGACUCAGAUUCGAAGAGACAGAUUUUAUUUUCCUUUCAUUUCUUUCUCUUGUGCAUUUAAUAAAGGAUGGUAUCGAUAAACAAUACAAAAAAU